AUUUAUGUGUAAUAAAAUGUAUUCAAUUUACAUGUAUAUACAGAAGUAAAAAUGGACGAUCUUGUCGUAAAAGACAUGAAAAUAGUUCCUUGUGUAAAUUCAAAAUUUGUUCAACCUUCAAGGCUUCAGUUUAACCAAGUACGUAGUACCGCACCAAAAUAGAUGGUUGAUUUUAUUUUCAUGUGUAAUAAUUUGCAACAUUGAUACUUGAGUUAUGUAUUUCAUAGAAUGGAAUUAACCGAGAAUGGGAUUACAUCAAUGUUCAUGACAGUGUGGCUGCUCUGCUGUUAAACACAACAAGAGAUGCAUUUAUUUUGGUCAAACAAUUUAGACCAGGUGUGUGACAUAAAGUGAGUUAUAGCACAAGCAGGCUCUCAUGAAACUCCAAAAGUGAGUUAAAGGCCCAUUUACACUACGCUCAAUUCAACCUCGUUCCCAGUGUCUCACCUCCGCUCACCCAGGCGUGGCGGAGGUGAGACCCUGUGAAACAGGUUGCGCUCAAUUUUGGUACCCGUACCAUUUUUAUCCAUGCUCAGACUACUUGUUUACAAAGGUCGAGCAUGGAUAAAUAAUAAAUUUGGUAAAUUGGUACAUGUACCAAUUUUAUCUGUGCCUUUCCAAAAAUUGGCUAGCUCGUAUACCCAGCUAGCUUGCUUUUUUGGAGGCAAAUUUCACCCAUAUGUUUGCACUGAGUGUGUCCACAUUGGGCAAGCUGAAAAGUUUGCUUGAUUGAGGUGGUCUAUGUCUUCACAUGAGUGCUAUGUACGUUCACCCAUGCUAUUCUAAACAAACCAUAUAGACCACUAUACCAUAUUUAAGAUUAAUUAUCAUUACUUUAUAUUUUCAAGCUGUAUACAUGCGGAUGAACAGAGAACUAAACAAACAAGAGGGUGAAGAUAAAUCGACCAUAAUCCAGGAUUCUACCUCACAGCCUUUCAAAGCUGCAAUAAAUGAUGCUGUCACCUACGAGUUAUGUGCGGGCAUUGUUGACAAAAAUAUUCCAUUGAAAUCAGUCAUGAAAGAAGAAGUUUUAGAAGAAUGCGGAUAUGAUGUGCCUGAAUCACACUUCAGGAAAGUUUUCUCGGCUUGGGGCUCAGUCGGGUUUGCCGGCUCACUGCAGACUUUGUUUUUUGCCGAAGUGACCAAUGACAUGAAAGUUAAUGAGGGUGGGGGUAACAGGUCGGAGGGUGAGAAAAUAGAAGUUUAUUAUUUACCAAGGAAGGAUGUUCUAGCCUUUUUGUAUGACGAGAAUUUACCAAAACCACCAUCACUCAUGGCAGCAUUUUUCUGGUAUCUAAACACUCAGCAUACAUCAAAUAAUGACCACUGAUAUUAAAUAUAAAAGAAUGCAACAUGCUCUGGCUGCUUAGAAUGUUGGAGAAUGCUAUUGUAUGGACUGGUGUUUACUAAAAAAAAGCUCGCUAAAAAAUUAAUUAUAUGUAUGACUAUCACUCCUGUGCAGCCAAUUUGAGAGCAAAGGACCUGCCAUUUUCUACCGGCAUAGCAUUGCACAUAACAUUAUGGUGGCCUAUAUAGAAUUCAGAAAGCCUUACAUAAAAAGCCAAAGGCCGAUUGUUAUAUAUUUAUAGCAUGUCCCCUGUGGGCCACCAUAGUUAGUUAAUUCCAUAAAAUGUAAUAAAAUAUUAAUAAUUAUCUUUGUCAUUAAAAAUCGAGUACAAAAAUGAAGUCUGAAAUGUUAUAUAUUUCUAUAUAAAGAUAUUGUGACUCUGUAAUUCAUAUUUCCAACACUCCAUGACUGGACAGAUCUUGAAAUUGGGCAUUUAGCGUCACUACACUGGUGUAAAUAUAUGUAAGACUUAUACUUGUUAAAACAUUUUUCAUGUUGUCACAAGUGUAAAUGCCGACAACUCCAAAAAUUCUACACUCCACAAAUUUAAGAGCAUGUGCAGUAAAGUUUAUAAUCGUGAAUAACGAGACUGGUGGACAACCAUCUCUCUUGAAAUAUCUUUCAGACUUGCACAUCC